AUGAGCUUCUCUACCGCCAUGCAACGUCCUGUGACAUCAUCCGCCACACUCCUCCGAUGGGCAAAGCCCUCGGCAGGACGCCUGCGCACUUUCUCAUCAUAUGGAAACGCUCACCUAUCCUCCAAGCGGGAUAUGCAAACCGCAACCGCCUACCGUCCUCACUCGCUCCCAUCCUCCUUCCCGCCUCCUCGAAGCACCGGCGGCGCCGACACUUCUAUUUCAGCUGAAUUCCCUCCUUCCGACAUGAAAUCAUACCAGAACACAUCACAAAGCACAUUGUCCAAUGUGAGCCUACGGGAAGGCGAAGCGCAGAAAUCGAAACCGACUUCCGCUUCUCCGUCCGCCUCCAAGACUUCCCCGAAGCCCCGUCGGCCGCUUCGGGCAAGAAAGGCAGCCAUGAAAUUGUCCUCGGUGGCCAUCGAGGAACUUCGGAAAUUGAUGGCACAGCCGGAGCCGAAGUUCAUUCGAGUUGGUGUAAAGAACCGUGGCUGCUCGGGUCUCGCCUAUCACCUGGAGUACGUGGAGAAGCCAGGAAAAUUCGAUGAGGUAGUCGAGCAGGACGGCGUGAAGGUCUUGAUCGACAGCAAGGCUCUGUUUAGUAUUAUCGGCAGUGAAAUGGACUGGCAAGAAGAUAAGCUGAGCAGACGAUUUGUUUUCCGCAACCCUAAUAUCAAGGAAGAAUGUGGCUGCGGCGAAUCUUUCAUGGUUUAA